AGUGUCACAGAAUGACUCUUUUCAGUCUCCUUCUUCAAGUAUUACACAGCAGUCAAGAAUAACUUCAGAUGCAUUUUCAUCUAGCAUUUGUAGACCCACAAGAUCAUCUAAAGUUCCUAAAGCAAUCAAGACAUUAAAAUGGAAAAAAAAUGCAAACAGUUUUCAACCAAAAAUUCAUGAAUUUAACCCAAACAAUAGUGGUGUUCAAUGUGAAGAGUUUGGUUUAAAUGAAACCUCAUCUGUUAUUGAUUUUUUUGAAGCAUUUAUUACAAAUGAUUUGGUGGGGAAAAUUGUUUUUGAGACUAACAGGUACGCUAAGGAGCAACCAAUUAAUUCAGAACAUUCAAGAAUGGUUUAUUGGAAAGAUACUAGUAUGGAAGAAUUGUACAUAUUUUUAGGAGUAACUAUUUUGAUGGCUAGAAACAAAAAAUUACAAAUAAGUGAAUAUUGGUCAACUAAUGACUUAUUACAUCAAGAUAUUUUUGGCAAAUGUAUGAGUAGGGACAGAUAUUUACUUCUUUUGCGUUGUAUUCACUUCUGCGACAAUACUCAACAAAUCAAAGGAGAUAGGCUCUACAAAAUUCAAAUGGUUUUGACUGAAGUAAGAAAAAACUUCAAAGAUGCUAUGAUUCCUUUUUCAAAUCUGGCAAUUGAUGAGAGUUUACUUUUGUGGAAAGGGCGUUUAUCUUUUAAACAGUAUAUUAAAAGUAAAAGACAUAGAUUUGGUAUCAAGCUCUAUAUUAUAUGUGACUGUAAAACUGAUUUCAUUCUGAACUUCAUUGUGUAUACAGGAGCUACUGAACACAAAGAUCCACUAGAAGACAUACUUGGGAAAUCUGGUGUAAUUGUCAAAGAUCUCAUGAAGCCAUACUUAAACAAAGGUUAUUCAUUAUUUACUGACAAUUUUUAUACCUCACCUCAAUUAUCUAUGUAUUUACAUAAAAAAAAAAAACCAACACAUGUGGUACUGUGAGAAAAAAUCGAAAACUCAUGCCAAUUAUUGAAGGAAAGCUGAAAUUAGGUGAACGAGAAGCUCGGUGCACUGACAAACUUUUAGCGAUUCAUUGGAAGGACCGUCGUGAUGUAUAUAUGUUAACAUCUAUGAAUACAAAUGAAAUGGUUGAUACAAAAAAGAUAGAUAGAAAAACAGGAAAAAAAUAUCUCAAGCCACAAAGUGUAGUUAGUUAUAACAAGAAUAUGGGUGCAAUAGAUAAGACUGACAUGUUGUUAAGUUCUACCGAAUGUGUUAGACGUACAUUAAAAUGGUACAAAAAACUAUUUUUUCAUCUUAUUGAUAUGAGUAUGCUAAAUGCAUAUUCUAUGUAUAAAACUGUUACAGGUAAACAUGUUUCAUUAGCAAACUUCCAACUAACUUUGGUGAAUGAAAUAUUACAAAAAUACAAAACAAAUAUCAAAACCAGUCCAAGUAAAGGGAAAAAAGUCGGCAAGUGGGUACCGCUCUGCUGUACAUUAGGGGGUGGGGUAGACCUCGGACUAGGGUAGAUUAAAUUUGAAUGCAAUGAUAAGUAUCAUUGUAUACGAAAAACGAUUCUGAACGGAGAUGAUUUGUCAGUCUAUAAUAUAUUAUAAUUAAAUAUUGUCAUAUAUUCUUAUAUUUUGAAACAAAUAUUCCGAUUUCAUAAAAAUUUAAAACUCAAACGCUCAAAACAUUUUUCCUAUAAUGACUCUUAAAAUUUUCUCUAUAGCUUUUUGAAGCAAAACUUAUGGAAAAUCUUGUAUUAAAUUUUCUACUCUUAGCUACCUAUACAAACAAUUUUAUGAAUUUUGAACUACAAAAUAAUUUGCAAAUAUUCAUGAUUUUGACGAAUUUUCGUCAAAAUUUGAACUUCAAAUGCUAAUAAAAAAAAAUUGUGCCUAUGUAUUCUUAU